UUUGGUGCGAUAGUUGGCCACUAUGCAACGGAUCUUCCAUUCUGUGGAUCUUUCAUUUCCUGUGGAUCAUGCCAUUCCAAAGGUUUGUGCAGUCGGGCCGUGUGGCCUAUGUGAGCGAUGGCAUUCAUCAGGGCAAACUCGUGGCUAUUGUUGAUAUCAUUGACCAGAAUCGAGUUCUGGUGGAUGGCCCAUCAUCAAAUGUACCUCGCUGCGAGAUGAGGCUCAAUGAGCUACAUCUAACUAAAUUCCGUUUGCGUUUCCCAUUUACUGGAUCUACUCGUGUUGUACGUAAGGCGUGGCAGGCGGGUAACAUCGACGAACUAUGGAAGCAAACAAUGUGGGCUAGAAAAGUUGAAGCAAAGAAAAAGCGUGCGGAACUUAGUGAUUUUGAUCGUUUCAAGUUAAGGAAAGCCAGGCAGAUAAGAAAUAGAAUGCGAACAGAGGCAUUCUAUAAGUUAAAGAAGGCUAAGAAAGCCAAAACCAGCGAUGCAAAAAAAGGCAAAAAACAAGCUGAAAAGUAAUAUUUCUAAUUAAAUAUAUAAUUAUUUCACAAAA